UUGUGUGUGUGUGUGUGUGUAGAGUACAUGAUCACCAUGUAUGACACAAAGACUCAGGAGCUUCGCUGGAAUGCCACCUAUAACGACUACUCAGCCCCUCUAUACGAUGACCAGACCUACGAGUACAAGUUCUCUCACUUUGCCUCCAGCGGAGAUGGCUUGGUGGUGACGGUGGACCGUGGAUCCGGCGAGGUCCUCUGGAUGAAGCGCUUCGGCUCUCCGGUCGCCGCGUUCUACCUGUGGAACCAGGACAGCCUGCGGCGCGCGCCACACCUGACCGUCGCCACGGAAACGCUCCGAUACCUCACCUUCAACGCUCACAACACAAACGCACACACCGUCAGGUGGAGCUACCACCUCAACCAGGACCAGCACAGCACCAAGACACAGCUGGUGCCAACCCUGUUUGUGGGAAAGAUGGACUCUCACCUCUACGCCUCCACCUCACUUGUGCACCAAGGAGUCGCCAUUGUGCCCCGUGGCCUCAUUCUGGCCCGAAUCGAGGGUCCAAUCACAGAAGAGGUGACGGUGAGUGGGAGGGGCGAGUGUGGCAUGACACAUCUGACCGACGUGAAGUACCCACCCGGCAGCACCGAGUCUCUUCAGAACCACUGGCUCCUUAUUGGUCAUCAUGAGGUUCCUCCUCUGGCUCACACCACUAUGAUGAGAGAGUUCCCAGAAUUCCUGCAGCGCUCCGGUGAUGUCAUCCCCCCUCGACUCGCUCCCUACAGACCUGCUCCUUUUCCAGUGACAGGAGCUGGGGGUUCUGGCUCCGCCCCCGUGCCGCCUGACACAGUGACCUCUGACCCCGUGACCCUGCUGGUGCUCACGCUGUUGCUAGGUGCCUGGCUGGCCAUCCUCUUCUCACACACUCAGCGGGUACAGAAACUCCUGAGCUCACACCAAUCAGCCACUUCCCAUCAGAUGGCCAACCAGAAUGCAGCACAAUAUUUAGACACGCCUCCAACCUCCUCCUCCAGCAGCCAAUCAGAGAGGACUGGCCCCACCCCCGCCAGCCAGCUCCUCCCAUCAGAGAACACAGGCCCUGCCCAUUCUCAGGCUACCAGCCAAUCAACAGGUGAGGUGACGGUGGGUAAAAUCUCCUUCAAUCCUUCUGAGGUUCUGGGACAUGGAACUGAGGGAACCUUCGUCUUCAAGGGUCGUUUUGACGGGCGUAAGGUGGCUGUGAAGCGGAUCCUUCCGGAGUGUGUGGAGUUUGCGGAGCGGGAGGUGCAGCUGCUGAGGGAGUCGGACGAGCACCCCAACGUCAUCCGUUACUUCUGCACCGAGAGAGACCGCCAGUUCACCUACAUCGCCAUCGAGCUGUGUGCCGCCACACUGCAGCAGUACGUGGAGGACCCCGGCUGCCUGUACUCCUAUCUGAACCCCAUCAGGCUGCUGGAACAGACCAUGUCUGGCCUCACUCAUCUCCACUCCCUCAACAUCGUGCACAGAGACCUGAAGCCGUGUAAUAUCCUUCUGUCCUGCGGGGGCGUGUUGGGUCGUGUGAGGGCGCUCAUCUCUGACUUUGGCCUCUGCAAGAAGCUGCCGCCCGACAGACACAGCUACAGCCUGAGCUCCGGUCUCACGGGAACACAGGGCUGGAUCGCCCCUGAACUGCUCUCACACACACACACCACACGACCCACGUGUGCGGUGGAUAUAUUCUCUGCGGGGUGUGUGUUCUACUACGUGGUGUCACGGGGAAUGCACCCGUUUGGUGAUGCGCUCCGUCGCCAAGGAAACAUCCUGUCAGGAGUCUACACUCUGGACCACUUCAUGGAGGACCUGCACGAGGACGUGAUUGGUCGAGACCUGAUUGAGAAGAUGAUCAAUUCAGACCCGGAGCCCCGCCCACCUGCAUACACCAUCCUCAAACACCCUUUCUUCUGGAGUCCAGACAAACAGCUGCAGUUCUUCCAGGACGUCAGUGAUCGUAUUGAGAAGGAGGCGGCAGACAGUGAGAUUGUGGUACGUCUUGAAACAGCUGGAAGGGGUGUGGUCAGAACCAAUUGGAGAAUGCACAUCUCAUCGCCACUGCAAGCAGAUCUUAGGAAGUUCCGCACGUAUAAAGGAAACUCCGUCAGGGAUUUGCUCAGGGCCAUGAGAAAUAAGAAACACCACUACCAUGAGCUCCCUCCUGAGGUCCAGUCGGCGUUGGGUGAAGUCCCCGAGGGCUUUGUGUCCUACUUCACCUCCCGUUUCCCCCGGUUACUGCUGCACACACACACCGCCCUCAGCGUCUGUGCCAGAGAGAGACUCUUCCACCCCUACUACUGACACACACACACACACACACACACACACACACACACACACACACACACACACACCGCCCUCAGCGUCUGUGCCAGAGAGAGACUCUUUCACCCCUACUACUGACACACACACACACACACACACACAAUUGGACCUCAUCUGGCUUAUACACAAUAAUACUGUACCCUUUACAGUCCUAACACACACACACACACACACACACACCAUUGGACCUCAACUGGCUUAUACACAAUAAUACUGUACCCUUUACACUCCUAACACACACACACACACACACACACACACACCAUUGGACCUCAACUGGCUUAUACACAAUAAUACUGUACCCUUUACACUCCUAACACACACACACACACACACACACACACACACACACACACACACACACACCAUUGGACCUCAACUGGCUUAUACACAAUAAUACUGUACCCUUUACACUCCUAACACACACACACACACGAAGAAUGCGGAUGAAGAGGAUGUGAGGAUUCUAAAGUUUACCACUGUAAAAAGGGGGAAUUAACGGAUGUAAAGAUUUUAUAAAGCUUUUUUUAAAGGUGAUGUUUGUUACUGAGGAGAGUGCACUACUGUUAACAUGUAUAAAGCAUUUAUAGCACAUUAGAAAACUUAAUAAAGUUACAUUUUAUA